GUUCUCAAUAACAUUCAGGAAUAAGUCUGUAAGAAGCUUUGUCUGGUAGUGGUAGUAAGUAGUGUUGUUGCGGGGAUAAAGGUUGUGAAUAAUUAUUGUGAUAAGAUACGUUUGUUUGUAACGUAUAGCAAAUUGAAACUAUGAGUUACAUACAUGUAUCGGAAGACGAAAAUGAUGAACCAAUCGAAUUGCCGUGUGAAGAUGAUGGUACACUACUUUUAACAACUUUGUCAGCUCAAUUUCCGGGAACAUGUGGAUUGAAAUUUCGGAAUACUGACACUGGUGCAAUGCGUGGGGUACGACUUGUAGAGGGAAGGUUUCACCCGUCCAGUGAUGGGUGGGGAAAUCAAGUGUACAUUUGCGUAUUUCCAAAAGCAGAGAAUAAGCGCAAGUCAGAUGAACAGUUGGAAAACAGUACAGCUAAGACAAAACGGAUGGAGUGCAGAUCAAAAUGCUCUGACCUGAUCAUUCUUGGAUUACCUUGGAAAACUACAGAGCAGGAGUUGAGGCAGUAUUUUGAGUCUUAUGGUGAAGUGCUAAUGGCACAAGUUAAGAAAGACCCCAAAACUGGACAAUCAAAGGGAUUUGGAUUCAUCAGGUUUGGGAAUUAUGAAUCACAAUUGCGUGUACUCUCCAAACGUCAUAUGAUUGAUGGAAGGUGGUGUGAUGUGAAGAUACCAAACUCAAAGGAAGGCCAAGCAACAGAACUCAAUAGGAAGGUAUUUGUUGGCCGUUGUACUGAAGACCUUGGAGCAGAUGAUCUCAGAGAAUACUUCUCAAAGUUUGGUGAGGUAACUGACGUAUUUAUCCCCAAGCCAUUUCGGGCCUUUGCUUUUGUGACAUUUAUGGAUCCAGAGGUGGCCCAAAGUCUGUGUGGGGAAGAUCACAUCAUUAAAGGUGCUAGUAUACAUGUCAGUAAUGCUGUCCCAAAGAAUGAACCUGGAGGAGGUCACCAUGGACGAAUGCACGGGCGAAUGGAUGGUCGAGGAGGUUAUGGUGGUCCACCUAUGGGUGGGUUUGGAGGAAAUUCAGGACCAAAUGGUCCUUUUGGUGGCAGUCAGAUGCCCCAUCAUGGAAAUAUGGGAAUUGGUGGUGGUGGUGGUAUGUGGAAUCAAGGGGGACCAGGUGGUGGUGGUGGUGGAGGAAAUCGUAAUAAUGAAAUACCAAACUUAGCAGCACUAGGGAGUAGUUUGGGCCUGGGAACAGUGGGAAUUGGAGGAAAUCAUGCUGGGGGACAGGGUAAUACUGGUGGUCAUGGAGGUGUAAAUACAGCUCCUCCUACUCUUGGUAUGGGUGCUCUUAACCUUGGAGCAGCAUUGCCUUUAAGUUCAGCUGUAUUUGCAGCUGCCCUGGGGCAAGCAGGCCUUGGGCUGUUUGGAGGACAUUUUCAAUCUCAGGCUGUUGGCCAAACAGAAAACCAAGGGAUAGCAAGUUCCCAGAAUCCUCAUAUUCCAAACACAACUUCAGCAUCAUCACUUGUUGCUGCAGGUGGGGGAAAUGCUCAGAGGUCAGGGUUUCUGGAAUGGAUGAAUCAAAACCAAGCUUCUAGUGAUGCUGCUAAUAGCAGUCAAGGACCUUGGCCACAGCGAGAUGUGAAACAAGGGAUUGGCAAGAGAACCAGAAAAAAACGCCUCAGUAAGUUUUUUCUUUUCAUUAUAUUGAAAGACCAAGACGAUGCCCCCACAACCAAUACAACUCCUACAACACCAUACCACAGUGCCUACACAUCGAAUGCACCAAGUAGCAGACCAAUACUUACAACUCCUGCAAUGCCUAAUGCCGACCCUCAAGACACAUCAACCACGAAGAAGUUACAGAACAACAUGGUCACCAAAAAUGUAUCCACACAGACAACUCCAGUUGUAAAGCAAAAUUCCAAAUCAACUGAUUCAAUAGACAAGUUUAUACAGACCCCACCAACUAAGAAAUUUUCACUAAAAUCUCAAGCAAUGCAGACACAAGAGUCCUAA